AUGACGGUGGUGCGUACUCUGUACCCAGCUAUCGCCGUUCCUCUUCCUCUUUCAAACCUUUCCGUCAGGACCAAUUUGGCUGUUCGAUGCAGUAGCCUCCACUCGCAACCGCAACUCGACUCGCGCAAGUUAGUUCAUUCAGUGAAGGAAAAGCUUGAGAAAGAACACCACAGCCUCCCUGUUGGAAAAAAUGGAAGGGAUGACGAAGAUAUGAUACUGUGGUUUCUCAAAGAUCGCAAGUUUUCUGUGGAAGAUGCUAUUUCCAAGUUGACUAAAGCCGUUAAAUGGCGUCAAGAUUUCGAGGUGUCUAAAUUGACCGAAGAAACUGUUAAAGAGGCUGCUCAAACUGGAAAAGGAUAUGUACAUGACUUUCUAGAUAUCAAUGACAGACCUGUGCUUGUGGUGGUUGGAUCAAAGCAUAUUCCUAUGGCACUGGACCCUGCAGACGAUGAGAGGCUGUGUGUUUUCUUAAUUGAGAAGGCAUUGAGUAAGCUUCCAACUGGGCAAGAACAAAUACUUGGAAUAGUUGAUCUCAGAGAUUUCAGAACAGAAAAUGCUGAUCUUAAAUUCUUGACAUUUCUGUUUGAUGUAUUCUACUAUUACUAUCCCAAGCGAUUGGGUCAAGUAUUAUUUGUGGAUGCACCUUUUGUUUUUAAGCCAAUUUGGCAGCUAGUCAAGCCCUUGUUAAAAUCAUAUGCUUCUCUGGUGAGAUUUUGCUCUGCACAGACUGUUAGGAAGGAAUAUUUUACAGACGAAACUUUGCCACCAAACUUCAGAGAUUGA